CAGUAUAAAAACGGGCGGCAACGAAAUGAGAGCAAUCAGUAGCCUUCGAGCAGUCUACAACAGAAGUGCACGAUGAGAUUUCUGAUUGUUGCCGCCGCCGUCCUCGCCUGCGCCGCAGCUGCGCCUUCUGGCGCUCUGCUGGGCCACGGCUCACCCUACGCCCACGGCCUCCUCGGCCAUGGCGCUCCCCUGGCCGUAGCUCACGGCGCACUGGGUCUGGGCCAUGCCGGUCCCCUGGCCGUAGCUCACGCCGCACCCCUUGCUGUGGCCCACGCCGUUGCCCCCACCAUCCCCCCAGGUGACCUCCAGGGAGCCGCCAUCGACGCUCACGUAGAAGCUUCAGACCAUGCCCGUGCUGCUGUUGACGCCGCUCGCGAAUACCACGACCAGGCCUCUGAACUCCAGGGUCAAGCAGUCAACGCCGCUGAGGACCACGCGUGGCAAGCGGUCGAUGCCGCCCAGACUCAUCAAGCUCAAAUUGACGGUGCCGCAGCUGGAGUCGCCCCCGUGGUUGCUCGUCAAUUGGCUGGCCACGUUGCCCCAGUCGCCGCUUACGCCGCUCCAGUCGGCCACGCUUAUGCCGCGCCCGCUCUGGUCGGCCACGGGUACGCCGGUCACGGUGUCGCCGGACCCCUUCUCGCCGGCCAUGGCGUCGCCGCACUCGGAGGUAGCCACUCAGUCGCCUCUUCCUCCCUAUCCCAGACGCACCCCGCCCCCAUCGUACACGCUCCCGUAGCGUACGCCGCGCAUGGAGCCUACGGUCAUGGAUUAGCGCACGGCCACGGAUGGUAAACUGUGAUAGACACUUAGCCAAAAAAUCUUAAUACUCAUGUUCGGAAUUUAAUUUAAAUGUAUAAAAAAUAUGUACAGAGCAUAAUGAAGGCGAGGAUGUGUGAAUAAACGAAUUAACUUAUA